AUGGGUUAUCUGUUGCGUGUGUCCCUAGGUUUACUGUCUCUUGAGUCCAUUGGUUAUCUGGCUCUUGCUGCCAUUGGUACUCGGUGCAACCCUGCCAUUGGUUAUGUGGCUCUUCCUGCGGUUGGUAUUCGGUCUCUUGCGUCCAUUGGUUAUGUGGCUCCUGCUACCAUUGAUAUUCGGUCUGUUGUGUCCAUUGGUUGUCUGGAUGCUGCUGCCAUUGAUGUUCGGUCUGUUAUGUCUAUUGGUUGUCUGGCUGCUGUUGCCAUUGUUGUUCGGUAUGCUGCGUCCAUUGGUUUUCGGUCGCUUGCAUCGGUUCCUCUUCUGUCCCUUUUUUCCCACUCCCUAACGCCCCGGUACGUUUUUUAG